AAAUCAUUUCACAAAACACACAUUUAUACUUCAUUGAGCUCUUUGUCUUCUCUCUGCUUGAUUUGGAGAGAUGACUACAUAUUCUCUAUCAAAAGGGUUCAUGAGAACACUCAUGUUUGUGACAGCUAUCUUCCUCAUUGGAGGCAUCUCCGAAGUCAAUGCAAGUGCGACGAGGCACUACACAUUUAACAUUACAUUACAAAAUGUAACACGGUUGUGCCACACGAAGACAAUGGUGACAGUAAAUGGUCAAUUCCCCGGGCCUCGCAUUUUUGCAAGGGAAGGUGAUCGGCUUCUUAUCAAAGUGAUCAAUCAUGUUCCUAAUAAUAUAAGUAUUCAUUGGCAUGGUAUUCGACAACUUCGUAGCGGUUGGGCAGAUGGACCGGCAUAUAUAACGCAAUGUCCUAUCCAAACCGGGCAAAGCUAUCUUUACAAUUUUACAAUUGUAGGCCAAAGAGGAACUUUGUGGUGGCAUGCCCAUAUUUCAUGGCUAAGGUCAACUCUAUAUGGACCUAUGGUCAUUCUCCCUAAGCUUGGAGUGCCUUAUCCUUUUGUCAAACCCUACAAAGAAGUCCCUAUUAUAUUUGGUGAAUGGUUCAAUGCUGAUCCCGAGGCAAUAAUAAGUCAAGCCAUACAAACUGGGGGUGGUCCAAAUGUAUCUGAUGCCUAUACAAUUAAUGGGCUUCCUGGACCCUUGUACAAUUGCUCAUCAAAAGAUACAUUCAAGUUAAAAGUGAAGCCUGGGAAAACAUAUCUCCUCCGGUUGAUCAACGCUGCACUCAAUGAUGAACUUUUCUUUAGCAUCGCUAAUCACACACUUACAAUUGUCGAUGCUGAUGCUGUGUAUGUUAAACCUUUUCAAACAAGUACGCUUCUCAUCACUCCUGGACAAACCACCAACGUUCUCCUCAAGACCCAUUCCAAUUUUCCGAAUGCCACUUUCCUUAUGAUGGCCCGACCAUAUGCAACUGGCCAGGGCACAUUCGAUAACUCUACUGUCGCUGGUAUUUUAGAGUACGAACAUCCCACUAAAGUUCACCUUAAAAAGCUUCCCCUGUUUAAGCCGACACUACCUUCUCUUAACGACACUUCUUUUGCGACGAAUUUCUCAAGCAAAUUGAGAAGUCUUGCUAAUGCUCAAUACCCAGCUAAUGUUCCAAAAAAUAUUGACAAACAUUUCCUCUUCACAGUUGGCCUGGGGACAAGUCCUUGCAACCAAAAUCAAACUUGUCAAGGGCCUAAUGGGACUAGAUUUGCAGCCUCAAUUAGCAAUAUUUCAUUUGUUCAACCAACCACAGCACUACUUCAAUCUCACUUUAUUGGAAAAUCAAAUGGAGUUUACUCUCCUGAUUUUCCAUAUAGUCCAAAUUGGUUCAAUUACACAGGAAACCCUCCAAACAAUACUAAAGUGGGAAAUGGGACCAAACUCAUGGUUCUCCCAUUUAACACCAGCGUAGAACUUAUCAUGCAAGAUACAAGUAUUCUUGGUGCUGAGAGUCAUCCUCUUCAUCUCCAUGGAUUUAACUUUUUUGUUGUUGGCCAAGGUUUCGGAAACUUUGACCCCAAUAAAGAUCCUAAGAACUUCAAUCUUGUCGACCCGGUUGAAAGGAAUACAGUUGGUGUGCCAUCAGGCGGAUGGGUUGCUAUUCGAUUCUUCGCAGAUAAUCCAGGUGUAUGGUUCAUGCAUUGUCACUUAGAAGUCCAUACAAGUUGGGGUUUGAAGAUGGCUUGGCUUGUUUUAGAUGGAAAACUUCCCAAUCAGAAAUUGCUUCCUCCUCCAACCGAUCUCCCAAAAUGUUAACCUUUAAGUUGUUUGUCUCCUCUUUAAAUUGGUUUUUAUUUUCCACCGAGUUUUCAAGUUUGUUUGAGUCUUUUGUAACUGUGUUUUAAUCUUCGUGAAAAGGAGUGUUGGUUUGUGUAAAAGACAUUGAGAGAAUAACUUAACUUGUUUCAGAGCUGUAAGAGUUGUGUUUUUAGUGAUUGAUAAAUAUUUUUUAUCUACU